AGCAUUCUGUAGAAUACUCUACCAAGUGAUUUUAGGGCAAUGUAACUUGCAAUUCAUAGUCUAGACGAGUGUUUUCGUCAAUACUAGCAAUCACAUCACUAUACGCAAAGGCUCUAAGUAUAUUAUUUAUAUCUUCCAUAUCGCCAUCAAACCCAACAAGCUCAGACAAAAACUAAAUAAUGACAGGAUCAUUUGAAGCAAUUGUGACAGGUGCGACUGGUAUUAACGGUGUUGCCAUCAUCAAUCGUCUAUUAGAAGAACCUAAGUGUUCGAAGAUUCACUGUGUCUCUCGUAGACUCAAAGAAAAAUUCCCAAGCAAAGUUAAGCACUAUUCAAUUGACUUGAUCAAUUCCAGUCCUGAACAGGUCGCUGAGACCCUCCAAAAAGAGGGCGUUACAAACAUUACAUAUGCCUUCCAUGCUGCCUAUAAAGAGGAAUCAGAUGAAGGUCAAAUGUGCAAGACCAAUGGAGCGAUGGUGAGAAAUUUUGUAGCGGGUCUUGAAAAAAGCAACAGCAAGACCCUUAAGAGAGUUGUUUUAACGACUGGUUUGAAGUACUACGGUCUUCAAUUCGGUGAAGUAAGACUUCCCAUGGAAGAAUCUGAUGGUCGUGUACCUGAAAGCUUUGCAGGAUCCCCCAAUUUCUACUAUGUUCAAGAAGAUAUCCUUAAAGAAUUAAGUGACAACAAACCUUGGGAUUAUGUAAUAGCUAUGCCCAACGAUAUCUGCGGUGCUUCUCAAGGAAGUUACAUGAACCACGCAUUCACUAUUGCGUUGUAUGCUCUUGUUUGCAAAGAGUUGAACGAACCAUUCUACUUCCCUGGAAAUGAAACAUUCUAUAAAGGCUUUGACGAUAUUUCUUAUUCACGUUUAAUUGCCGACUUUCAAGUAUGGGCUGCGCAAAAACCAGAAGCUAGCAAUGAACGUUUCAACAUCGUGAACGGUGACGUUCACAGCUGGUCAAGAACUUGGCCAAAGAUCGCCGAGUACUUUGGUGUAAUCGUUCCCGAAAACCAAUUUGAUAAUUGGUCUUCUUUAAGCAACAAAAUGACCUUGCCCACACCUCCACCAAUCAAGUUACAUCAAGAGGAAAUGGGAAUCAAGAACGUUUCAAACAGUGAGAUAGUUAACCAAAUUUCUCUUCCCAAGUGGGUCCAGCAGGAUAAAGUCAAGAAGGCAUGGAAACAAAUUGCUGAACGCGAACACUUGGAUCCUAAUCUUUUGGACAAUGGUACAUGGGCUUUCUGUGACUUUUUGUUAGGCAGAACUUAUAAUGUAAUUUCAUCCAUGACCAAGGCUCGUGAAUUAGGCUACCAUGGAUAUUAUGAUACUUUCCAAGGAUUCAAAGAAACAUUUGAUACUUUAAAGCACGGAAAAGUCAUCCCUUCUUAAGCAUAAAAUAGUUUAAUGAUAAAUUUUAAUGAGGUUUAUGAUUUUAGCAUACA